AUGCCUCUUGAUGAUAUAAUGCCCGACCUUGGAAGCCCUCCUCAAAGCCAGACUCCAGACAAUGAAAAUGAAGACCACAAAGGGGAAAAUGAAAUCAAAGGUCAAGAUGUCUCAGUCGCUGUCUUGUACACUCUCUAUGUCCCCAAGCCACCCAGACAAGGAUGCGGCGGUAAGAUGAUCCAGGUUGCACCUUUUUGCUACAAACAACCAAAAGGAUGUUUGAUCAAGAUGCACACCCUGUUUGCCAGCCUAGACAAAGUCCAACACAAAAUUGCGGAACUUAUGAACAACCAGACUGCCAACCUUGGCAACUUGGUUCUUGCCAAUCUCAAUUCUGAAUCACCAAAAAUCAAAUGGACAAUUGCAGUAUCUAAUGGCGUCACAGGUGUAUUUAGCCAUUCCAACAACAUGAUACUUGACACGCCUGGGAUCUUCAAAGAAUGGAAAGAUGAGCUUUGA